AUGUCCGGUAUGAACAUGUCUCCACCCACUGACGGUCAAUAUGGUGGCUCGGAUGAUCCCUGUAUUCUUGGCCUUACAAAUGGUACCUACCCCAAUGGUACUCUCGGUAGAGGAGACUGGAUGCCAUUUGGGGUUUACAUGCCGACGGCUGCAGAAAAGGCCCCUUGUCAAGCCGCGAACGACCCUUGGGCUCAAUCCGCAUACUAUGGCCAUUGGACCACGUACUUCAUUCUAGCAGGUCUUGUGGUGGUGUCUAUUUCGAAUGGCAUCAAAAGACUGCACAGCCUCAACCGAAUUAUGGGCGCCCCCAGUGUGGUGCAGUUCCACCACAAGGCUUCUGCAUUUUUCAGGAUGGCGAGUUAUCCCCAGCUCCGACUUUGGGGAGGGGCCAUUCCACCGCUUGGGCCGAGCUUUUUGCUCUUUGGCUUCCUGGUGUUCAGCACGCUCGUAUGUUUCUUGCGUCGACCGUACUACCGACCACCGAACUAUGGUAGCUCUCCGCUAGGGUUGAGGUCCGAAUGGGUCGCAACAGCAAUGGUUCCUUGGAUGUAUGCUGCAGCCAGUAAACGCAACUUUCUGGAGUACUUUUCGGGGGUCAGUUUGCCGCGACUCAUGACCUUUCACAAGUGGUCGCCCUGGAUAUGCUUGUACAUGUCGAUCGUUCAUACUUGGGCAAUGAUCAUUCGUGCUAAUCGGCAAGAGCCAUGGUGGUACACCAUCCAAACCAAUCCAAUCUACUGGAACGGGUUCCCCCCACUCGCAGCAUUAGUGUGGCUGUGUGUGAUGAGUUUGGGACCAAUCAGGAAACGAUUUUACGAGACUUUCUACGUGUUUCAUAUGCUCUCUGCCGCUAUUUUCCUCAUUUGGAUGUACAUUCACCUCGCUGAUAAGUUGAAGUCAUGGCAAUACAUGCAUGCCGCUACUGUACUUUGGGGGGCAGCCAUCCUUUGGCGAACGCUUGCUUACGCCUUCGACCAUGGAUGGUUCCGACGCAUCCCUCGGGCAUCAUUCGAGAUGCUUCCAUCCUCCGCCAUCCGGAUCCGGAUCCCGAUGCCGACUAAUCGUACUUGGAGCGCGGGUUCAUACGUCUACCUUCGCUUCUUGAGUAUCAAGCCAUGGGAAUCACACCCAUUCACGAUUUCAUCCAUCAUCGCAUCCACCGAGGUAGAUGCGAACAGUGAUCGAGCUAAAUUCUCUCAGCUCCAUGAGAUGGUGUUUAUCAUCCGCCCUCAUGGUGGCCUGACGGCUCGAAUCGGGAGUCUGGCAGCCUCGGCACCCUCCGGUCUGCACGCUUGCUUGGUCGAUGGCCCGUACGGUGGCUUUAUGGAUUCAUUGCGUGCCUGCGACAUGGUCUUGUUGAUCGCUGGGGGGACAGGGAUGACGACCCUUGCGCCGAUCGCUCAAGCCUUCUCCCGCUCAUCCGCUGAACCCGGUAUCACGUGCUGCCAAGCCUAUCGGGUGCAUUGGGUGAUGCGUGACUCGGCGGCGACGGAUUGGUUCAAAGAUCAGUUGGCUGAAAUCGGGGCCAUCGAGAUGUAUGUGACCGGACCGAGUGAGAGCAAGGUGCCGGCAGAUCGUCCUGCCAAGGAGAACCCGGAAGGUAUCGAGGAAAGGUCUCCGGGCUUCAAUGCUCAUUUCACGCAUGGCCGGCCUAAUCUUAGCCAGGUCGUACGCAAUGCUGCUGGGCAAUACGCUGGUCGAAUCGGAGUGAUGGUUUGCGGACCUACCUCGAUGUUACUGGAUGUCCGUAAUGCGGUUGCCCAAGUGGCGGCCGACAUUGUGAGAUCUGAUGGGGCUAUCUGCUGUUCAGAAAUCGAAUUUUACGAGGAGUCUUUCAACAUGUGA